AAGUGUUGGGCAGACGGCUUCACCAUGUCUUCUGGAGGUCUUCUUCUCCUGCUGGGACUCCUCACCCUCUGGGCAGAGCUGACCCCCGUCUCCGGCCAGGACCGUCCAAAGUUUUGUUAUCUUCCUUCUGAGACCGGACCAUGUAAAGCCAAAAUGCCUCGCUUCUACUACAACUCAGCUUCAAAUAAAUGCCAAGAGUUUACCUAUGGUGGGUGCCAGGGCAAUGCCAACAAUUUUGAGACCAGAGAUGAAUGCCACUACACCUGUGUUGAAAAACCUGGUGUGUGUCGCAAGGCCCCUCCAGACACAAGCACUAUUUGUCUUGUGAACUGUGAAAAUGACUGGAAAUGCCUCGGGAAGCAGAAGUGCUGCAGUUAUGCUUGCAAGAUUGACUGCAUGGACCCGGUCUAAGCACCCCCAACGAGGAGACCCACCAGAAUUGGAACUCCUGUUCGAACUUGAGCCAAAGACCCUUCUUCUGUCCCGGACCACCCUGGAGACCCUCCCCCCAAAACCCACCCUGGGUUCAUUCCUUCUUCUCUGCAAUAAAGCUUUGUUUCCAGCUGCC